AAGGCAGUCAGGAACCUGGACCAGCAUCUGGGUUUUUCCUGGGUGGCUUGAGUGCUCCAUCAGGUUCCCUAAGGUUUGAGAGCUGAGAAAUAAUAGAUAUAUAUGAGAGGAGAUCUGAGAGGAGAGCUGGGACUUUAUAGCUGUUAAUCUGACCUUCAUUUCUGAGUUCUGCCCCUGAAAAAGGCUAGCUAACUCUACACCUGUAAGGAGAAAUGAAAUUUAAAUUGGACACAGCGAUGGCCAAGUGGGAUAGAGAGCUAGGAGUGUAAGUAAAUGUAAGCAAACUCAUACGUUACUGUGGUUGGCUUCCCUUGCACAAGGAGUAUAUUUUUUGCCUUUACAGUGGAUGGGGGAGGGGAUGGAGGAAGGAAGAAAAUUUGAAACUCAACAUUUUUUUUUAAAGAAUAAAAAUUAAAUUUAUAAAGAAUUUUAUUUUUAGUUAAUGUUAUAGAAAUAAAAUUUAAAAAAAAACAAGCAGAUAAUAUAAAAGACAGAGACAGACAUAGAGAGAUUUUUUUAAAAAAUAAAAUCAUUCCCCUCUCCCAUCAGGAGUCUUAAAGAUUAAUUGAGUCAGGUUAAUGACAAAGUCCUCGUUGAGAAGCAUCACCCUCUCCACCCUUUGUUGCUGGAACCAGGUACACUAGUUGAGACACAUGGAGCCCACUCCCCUGCAGUAACCAAGGAGCUUCCCAAUCCUGGGGCUGAUGCUUGCCCGUUCUGAGGAUGGCACCACGUCCCCGUUUCCCACUAGGAAGAAGCCUGACUCAGGAUACUCCUGGACAGUGAUCCUGAUGUCUCUGCUGUGCAGAGCGUUCAAGUGUGUGAUAACAUUUGGGCUGGGGACUGUGAGGAGGCAGCAUGGCCUCUGCGGAGCCCCUGACGGCACUGUCGCGCUGGUACCUCUACGCCAUCCAUGGCUACUUCUGCGAGGUGAUGUUCACGGCUGCCUGGGAGUUUGUGGUGAACUUUAAUUGGAAGUUCCCGGGGGUCACCAGUGUCUGGGCCCUCUUCAUCUACGGCACCUCCAUCCUGAUCGUGGAGAAGAUGUACCUGCGCCUGCGGGGCCGCUGCCACAUCCUGGUCCGCUGCCUCAUCUACACCCUCUGGACAUACCUCUGGGAGUUCACCACGGGCUACAUCCUUCGCCAGUUUAAUGCCUGCCCCUGGGACUACUCCCAGUUUGACUUUGACUUCAUGGGUCUCAUCACCCUGGAGUAUGCCGUGCCCUGGUUCUGUGGAGCCCUCAUCAUGGAGCAGUUCAUCAUCCGCAACACCCUGCGCCUGCGCUUCGAGCAGCACGCUGAGCCCAGCGGCCCCACCGCCCCGCUGGCGCUGGCCAAUGGCCACGUCAAGACGGACUGAGGGGUGUCCCCCGGCCUGGACAGCGGCCCCGUGAACAAAACCAAACGGGAGGAGCUGCUCUCCCUCCCCCAGGGCUUCUCCCUGCCCUGCACACACACAGACACACACAGUCUGCACCCGUGCCCCUCACCAGAGCCCUGUGUGUGUGUGUGUGUGCGCAGGGGUAACACAGGCGGUGGGCACGAAUAGCUCCCUAGGGCAGAAGAGGAGAGCAGAGUCCUGGGACUUGGAAAAAUAAUGCCCCCACCCACUGACUGUGGGCUUUAAAAACUGGGUGACAGGUGAUUCCUGGAGGUCACCCAGGAGACCUCCCUCACCCCUUUUCCUGGGCUCCCUCCCCCCACACCCACCACUGCCCUUUGGUCUGGGUGAAGUUAGCAGUUGGCUUGUUCUAUUAGGCAAUAUUCAGGUGCUUGCUUGCAACCAAUACCUCCCAUGGGGCCCGAGGAGCUGAAGGAUCAGAAAGAGCUUGGCCAUGGCUGAGAGACAGCUUGGCAGCCAUGCUCUGCAUGCACAGGAGAUGGAGGCAGAGGCCCUCCCUGCUGCCCCCUUCCCUGUAGCCCCAAAGCUGCUUUCUUGGUGUUUUCUGGGGCACUCUGGUGCUGGAUCCCCAUCAAACUUGGACUUUUGAAGGACUUAAUCUUCAAGUGCUCCAUGGAGUUUCCCCUUUUUCCCCUCUUCUUCCUUUUUAUUUUUGAACUAAGGGCGGCCUGCCUUUCUUGUCUCCUUCCCUUACAAGCCAACAGAAAAAUUCCCAGAGAUAGAAACCUGAGAAAUCUUCUCCACCUGCUCCUACCCAUCUUUAUUUUUUGCUUAUUUGCCAUAUGUUCUAGGGAGACGACACAGGCAGCAUCUUCCCUCCCAAAUUGUCUACUGUGAAAGCAUCUGGCAUCAUGGGCACUGGGCUUGUGACGGUGUCCCCCGGUGCUGGCUCCCUUCUCCCUUCUCAUAGCCACUCUCUAACAGCCUUGCUGGAGGUUCACAACCCAUUGAAUCCAUGUAAGAAUUAGGUCCAGUAGGGCCUGAAGAGGUAGUAUCUUGUGUCCUGGAAGAAUUUUUGAGAGGUUUUCCAAAUAAAGAUUGUAGGGAGAAGGGAGAAAGGGGCAGAGAUGGAGGAUGGGAUCUAAAAGAUGAAGGAUAUUUGUAGAAUAUCUGUGCCAUGAUUGAAUGAGAGAGAGAGAGAGAGAGAGAGAGAGAGAGAGAGAGAGAGAGAGAAUGAAUAUGAGAUUGAUUCUACUUUAGGAAAUCAGAAUUUGAGAAAGGAGCCCAAAGGAGAGAGGUAAUAUUUUAGGCUUAGGUGAUACUUUGGAAUAUUCAGAUGAGAACAGGCUCAGAACUUGGUGCUGGUUUUCAUUAUCUCACAGCCCCCAAUUCCAUGUUGCCUUCUCAGGGCUGCUACUUCUAGCCCUUUGUCCCCAUAAACAGGGCUCUCUCUGUGAACUCCUUAUUCAGUAUUAACUGUACUCUAUGGAGGCAUGAUUUUAGUCCCCCAGCCCCUAAAGCCCUUCCACUCCUGGGACGUGUCCAUUGCUGGCAGUGGACAGGUAUUCACCCUAGCUCACUUCCAGCUCACCCAACCAGCACAAAGGAGUUAAUUAACCCUACUAUGCCCUGUGGUACAGUGUUUCCUGAUUCCAGGACACUUAGGUAGAAAUUAGUAUCAUCCCUUUUUAUAAAUCAUUAAAAAUGCCAAGACUACCAACUGUAGAAAGAAACUCCUCGUCCUUGCUGUCCUACCCAGUCUGUAUAGACAGCAUCACUCACAGGUGGGACCAAAGUUUGGAGGUUGGGGGUGGGGAAUAUGGAGGGGAGUAGGAAAAAAUAGCUUGGAGGGAUUAAUUUAGCGCACAAAUGUUUGCUGUUGUCCUAGGCUUAGAGCAAUGACAUAAGAAGUUCUGGGUUUUGCUUCCUGGAAAAAUUCUCCAAAAAUAGGGAUUAAUCCUAUUUGAAGAUUGUCCUCCCCUCCCACAAGGACAUAGAACACUCAUUUCUUCCUGGGUGAAAGUGGGUUAUGGGGUAUAAAUUGCUUUCUAUCAAUCAAUCAUGAGAAUUGGUGGUUGAGGGGCGAGAUUGGGCCUAUGAUUUCAUCAACAUUGGGAACUGUCAAUGUUGAAGAAACUUGAUGCAACUCAUCUAUAACUUGAGUCUUAAAAACUUCCUAUGGCACUAAGAAAUUAAGUGAUUUGUGUAGUAUGUGUCAGAAAAAAGACUUUAAUCUAGGUUUUCCUGACUUCCAUAUUAGCUUCUUAUAGUCCUUAUGUCAGACUGCCUAACAGGGGUCCUCAAACAAUGGCCCGCGUGCCAAAUGCAGCAGCUGAGGACGUUUAUCCCCCUCACCCAGGGCUAUGAAGUUUAUUUAAAGGCCCACAAAACAAAGUUUUUGUUUUUACUAUAGUCCGGCCCUCCAACAAUCUGAGGGACAGUGAAUUGGCCCCCUAUUUAAAAAGUUUGAGGACCCCUGUGAUUAGAGAGGGAAGCAUGUAGUUCCUUUAGCUAUAAAUUUCAUAAUUGCUACCCACCUUCCACCAAUCACCCAAUCUUCAUAUAGUUAUAGUCUGGACCGAGUCACUGCUAAUGCCACUGUAAGAAUCAUAGUGUAUCCUGUGCCCCAGGGCUCUCUUCAAAGACUCUGGAUUCUCAGAAACCAGGCUUCAUCCUGGGGGCUGACCCCAAAAGGGUCCUUGUCACUCUUUGGCUCCUAACCCAACUCUGAGGUAGAUAUCCUGAAUAAAGCUUAGGUAUGGCUUGUGUCUUAAGUGUUCCCAUAUGUGGGUAAUAAGUUUCUCCACUUCUGCACAGGUAUUCUGUAUCCAGGAUAGGUAUGAGACUAUAUUUCCUCUAUCACAAAAAAAAAUGCAUUUGGAUAAUUUUAAUUAAAAUGAAUAAAGAGGGUAUCACCAGAGCCCAAGUACAGAUACAGAUAAAGCACUCAUAUAAUGUCCUAACUCCCUAAAGGAAAAGGCAUUUUGAGACUGCUUAAUAAACGCUCCCCAUUUACCUUCUAUCACAAAACAAGCAACUUGUAGCAAUAUUACUUAGUAUUGGCAAUGUCCAGAUCUCUUAGCCCAUGUAACGUGGCUUUAGUUUUCCAAUUUAGGAUUAUCCUUUUCAAAUUGCAUACACUGAGAAAAUCUAUAAAACUCAGGAACUCUUGUUUGGGAAUCUAGAACUUGGAAAACUCUCUAACUCAGGAUUAUCCUUAAGGUAAUAACCCCAAAACUGGAAAUAUCCAUUCUCAAGAUCACUAGUCCCUGACCUGAGCUCAGGAAAAAAAAAGGAGACAGACAGGAACUCAGUCUUGCCAGGGUGAACAGAAAUUGCCAAGUGCUUCUGCUGCGAUUAAUACAUUCUGCUUACAGGGAGUGAGAAGGGUGGAAAUCUCUUUUCCCACCUUUCCCUAUCAUUUGGCAUUUUAGUCUGGAAAUCCAAAAGAGUACCUCCCAAAAAGCCAAAUUGACAUCUGAGCUCAUCAUAAAACACCAUGAGGAAGAGGGGAUUUUUCUGCCAAGAGACUGCUGGGCACCAGGCAUCUUAGAGACAGCUGUAGUCCCUGAGACCAUUCAGAGGAGAAUCUUGUGUCUUUUCAGUAAGGGGCUACUAUAGAAGAUGCUCUUCUGACACAGAUCCUGUAAUUUUAUCAGUUUGAUUGGGCUACCUGUCAAAUUGAUCGGGGACUCCUUAAUCAGCAACCUUUCCAGCUGGAUUUAGAGUUGAAAGGGAUCUUUCGUCAUCUUGUCCAACAGCUCAUUUUAAGUGACUAAAAUUUGAACCCGCGUCUUCGGAUUCCAAACUUUCUAGUUUGCCACAUAAUCCACUUCUAUCAUCAAACAACUCCCCUUUUUUCCUCUUCCUUUUGAUCCCUUUCCUUACUCAUAUUUGCUUGCCCACAAACCUAGAAAUGGAAGCCCCAUCUGCUUACUCCAAGAACCUUGUGCUGCAUUACAGAUAGUUGGCCCUAGGAUUCUCGUGGAAAUCCCCAGAUUUCUCUAGAGGAAAAGCUGCUUCUGGUUUUUAUGCCCUCCUUUCCUCCCUCCCCAGGUGAGCUGGAGAGUGAGUCAUUCUUCAGUUUGGGUGAGCCACUUCCUAUUCUCUUACUCCACUCUUCUCGCUUUGAUGCUAAUGACUCACAAUGGCCUGGGCUUAUUUGUAGCAAUAAUGAUUGUCCUCCAUACCUGAGAAGACGGCCCCUGAGCUAGAUUGGUAGGUUAUUUAUGUUUGGCCAAUGCCUUCCAUUCCUCCCAGAAUUCUAUAUCUAGUCUAAAGGCCCCUGGCUAGGGAGUCCUUUGAAAGGAAUUUAGUACAGCUGAAUACAGCUCUAGAACUAAAUACAGGGGCUCAUUAGACUUCCAUGUCCCCCAUCCCACACACCCCCAUGGCCUCUACUCUCUCUUCCUCUUUUACACAUACAUCAACAAGUUAGCACUGAUGAUUACAUUGAUAUGUUUUUUUUUCCCCUCCAUCCUAGAAGAAUGCAGAUAGCCCAUUUCUAAUUUAUAGUUUCAAAGAGAGACACCUGGGACUUCCAGGUGUUAAGUGAAUGGUCCAGGAUCACAUCAUUAGUUUGAGUCAGGUCUUCUUUACCACAAUUCCAGUCUUCUGCCCCCACCACACUGCCUUUACUUUAUAAACAUAAAUUAAGCUGAAAUCUGUAUUCUAGGACUGUUUUUGUUCCUUCUAUGUAGGAUUUGUGGGGGCCUGUUUCAGUCAAGUACCAUUAAGGCCACACUUCAUGUUUCAUUAAACAAAGCCCAUUUCUGACAAAGGUGCUAAUAGACAGGGACCUUUCUCAACCCACCCACUGCAUGGGACUAUCCUCAUCUCAUAGUAGUUCUUGGGACUGCCUCCUGGCUUUUCUUAGGGAACUUUUUCUUUGGAACUUUUUGACACUCUACUAGAGUAUCUUUGCUUAACGUUGUCUAGUGUCCAUCUCAGUUAGGUAAGUAUAAACUGAUUUGGAUGUCAUUUACACCACCCACCAUGAUGGGGCUGGGAGCCUAAGCAGUCUUACUUAAUUACGUGAGGGAGAAAAUUCCAAGAAUCUCCUUGGAUGAGCUUAAUUGAGCUAUAAUGCUUUCUGCUAUGGAGAAAGAGUGGCUUUGUGAACUCAAAGGAAGGGUUUUCUCUGUUUUAUGAGCCCUGUUUCUUCUCAAGAAUGGGGCCCUGGGCAGAUGAGAAGAGGAUGAUAAGUUUUCUUUUCCUCCCCCCCACCUCAGUUGAAUAGUCCUAAAAGACUUUUAAACCAGAAAAGAUGCUUUCCUUACUCUUGCCAGUUAACUCAAGAAAGUGGCCCUUCUCUGACCUACUCUUCUCCUUGCCCCUUGCCCAGCCCACCACCAGCCUCCAAGCUGAAUGAUGGUAUACCAGCACGCUCUUUCCACAAUGAAGUCCAAGAUAAUAAUAAAAAUAAUAACUAAUAUUUAUCUAGAGCUUUAAAGUUUGCAAAGCUCAUAUAUAAUAUAUUCUCAUAUAUGUAUAUCUAUGUGUAUAUAUGUAUACACACACACACACAGUUUCAUUUUAUCCUCACAACAAUCCUAAAAAGGUUGACAUCUUAUAAAUGAAGAAACUGAGACUCAGAAGUUAAGGCCACACUAGAAAACUUUUUGGUUGUGAACCAAGUGGGACUUGGGCUCACUAGUUAGCUAGGGCCUGGUAUCUGCCAACUUAUACCAUGAGUUUUCUGAGUAGAUGACUCCUUCCUUUUUAAGACACUUAUUCCCAUUGGCUCACAAAUGUGGCAAAUGCCACUAAUUAAAGGGGAUCCAAAAACUAUACGUUGUCAAAAUGUAAAUACCUCAAGGGGUUCCCUUAUUAAGCUUCAUCAGAUCAUUCACACUUCAGUAUGUAUUUAGUAAUUCAACAAACAGCUAUUAAGCCCUACUGUGUGCACAAAGUGGCAAGACAAGAUUGCAGAUCAGCCAGUUCAUGGAAUAGAGUAUGUGAAAUAAAGCUGUAGAAGCAGCAGCAAAAAUACCAGACCAAGCUUUUUGGGCAUUACAUAACCAUUAAAGGAUGAUGAGCAGUGAAAAUUGACCAGGACUUGAGUAUGAGGGGGUUUUCCAUAUUUCUUUCUUAAAAGCAGAUUUUGAUAGGAAAAAGCAAAGAGAGGACAAGUUGCUUAAGGAGGAUUAAAAAGGACACAAAAAGGGGAAGAUAAAAACACCUAAGACAAACCUCUGAGAUUUCACCACUUGCCUGAGAUUAGUCCUCCACAGUGGGCUCUUUUCCUCACUCCUCAUUCCCCGAGUCCUACUCAAAUGAAAUGGUCAAGAUGGCAUUAGUGGAAUUCCCCUUGUAUUCCCAAAGCUAAGGGCCCUGGGCCCUCUAGCUCUGUCUAAUACCCCUCUGGAGGCUAAUGAAUCAUGAAUAAAUGACUGGAGAGCUCUCGGAAGUUGAGACAUUAUCCUCAUCUGAUGUCCUAAUGAGUUCAAGGCACCUGGGCCUGCCUUCUGAUAGAUUUGUACAAUGUUAAGGCUGGAAGGGACUUCAGGGAUAACCUAAGCCAACUGUUCAUUUUACAAAUGAAGAAAUUAAGUCUGAUAGAAGGAAAGUGAUAUGGUGAUCAGUGCUUAGCACAAAGCUAGCACUAAAUCCCAAGCCUUCUAAGUCUAAUAAUCUUCCCUUAUUCCCACCUCCCGUCCCCAACCUAAUAUUUCUUCAAUGGAGAAAGCUCCCUGCUCUACUUUUUCUGCUGAUUCAGUGGGUACCUUUUCUGCAAUUUUUAUAUAAGCCUUGAAGAAUUCCUGGGGCAACUGAGAGGUUGUAACUUACCCAGAAUCACAGAAGUACUAUAUUACAAGGGCAAGAUUUGAACUCAGGUGUUCCCUGAAUCUAAGUUCAGUUUUCUAUCCCUUAUGACAUCCCCCAAAAUGUUGAUUUUUUUUUUAGGGAUUCCUUGAGGAUUCCACCAACUUCUAUCAUCAUGAUUUUGCUCACAUGGAUCCCCUACUCUUGCCUGGAUGGCCACUAAUGGGGAUGAUUUUAUUAUAUUGAAGCCCCUUCCAUGGGAUCCAUGUAUCAAAAAGACUGUCCUACUUUUGUUAUGUAUUUUUGUCCUUGGGCAUUUAUCCAUUUGAAACAAGUAGGAAGGCAAUGUGAUAUAGUCGGGAUUCUAGCUAAUAUGUGGCCAACUUCUGUGUAUUUCCUUAUAUUUUGAUUUUCUUAGAAUGAAGAAGUUGAGCUAAGUGAUCUUUAAGGUCCUAUCUAUUCCUGAUAUUGGAAAAAGGAGAUGGAAGUUCAGAGAAGCCUGCUGCUUGGAUUAGUUGUUAAAGUAUAAAUGGGAUUUGAACAGUAAUAUAUGUUGGGAGGGAGGGUUAGAGAGGAAUUUUUUAAGAGGUUCUUCUACCACAGUGAAAAUGAUAUAAUCAGAAAUCUUUGAAAAGAAGGUGAGUUGUCCUGAGUCAAAAGCAAGGCAAUGGUAAUUGGAACCUAUAUAAUGCUAAAGACUAAGAAAACACACUUACUUGGUGUGGUUUUAUUCUAUUUUGUUGGUUUUUAAAGAGAAAAGAAAAGGGAGGGAAAGGGGAACACCUUGGGAAGAAAUGAGGAUGACUGAGGAAGAACUCACCAUUUUUCAUAAUUGGGGUAACAAGAGGAUUGAAUGCACCCAAGUUCGGGAUAGACAUUAAUUAAAUUUGAUUGCAAAUCUUAUGGGGACAAGGAGAGAGGAAGGGGAUCAAGAGGGAACAUAUAUUUGGGAAGAAAUAAUUACAAACAAAACCAGCUUAAACUUCAGAGGUUAUACAAUAUAUUCAGGUUGAAUUUAUAUAAAGAGUGCAAAGUCUGUUCACCAUUAGGAAAACUGUAAACAACAGUCAUAUUGAAAAAAAAGAAAUUAUAUGAUGAUAUCAGUAGAUUCAGAAGAGAUUUUGAUAAAACAUGACACCCAUUUAUAUUUUUUUAAAAGCAUAGGAAAAAUGGACUGUUCCUUAAUAUAUUAAAUAGUAUCCAUUUAAAACCAGGAACUAGCAUUAAUUGCACUGGAGGAGAAACACCAGAGUCCAUCCUAAUUAGGUUGAGAUAAAGUAACAAUAUCUAUUAUUAGCACUAUUAUUUGAUAUAAUUCUAUAAAUGCUAGUUACAGCAAUAAGACAAUAUAAUAAAGUUGAGGGAAUAAGCAUAGGCAAAGAGGAAACAAAAUUAUCACUUUUCACAAAUGACAUGAUUUAAUUGCAGAACCCUAAAGAUACUAAAAAAAUUAAAAUAAUAAUUUAGAUAAGCUCUCAGGAUAUAAAAUGAACACACUCAAAUCAUUAGCUUUUCUAUAUAUUACCAACAAAAUCAAGCAGGAAGAUAUUUUUUUAAAAGGAAAUUUCAUUUAAAAUAACAGCAGAAUAUAUAAAAAUAUCAACUACCAACAGAUAUAACUAGGAAUUAUGUGAAUGCAACUACAAAACAUUUUUGAAAAAUAAAAUACUUAAGUAAUUGGAAAGAUAUUAAUUUCUUAUGGUUAGAUCAUUCUAAUAUAAUCAAAAUGCUGAUGCUACAUAAAUCUAUUUACUUAUUCAGUGCCAUACCAAUUAAACUACUUUAUAGAACUAGACAAAAUAAUAACAAAAUUAUCUGGAAAAACAAAAAAAUAAAAUUUUUAAAUAAUUUGUUUUAGAAAUGAGAAUGGAUCCUAAACUUUACUACAAAGCAAGAGUCAUUAAAAAAAAAAAACCUAUUCAGUGUUGAUUUAAAAAAUAGAAAAGUUGAUCAGUGGGACAAAUUAGGACAAGUCUCAGAAACAAUUCAACAUAACAGAUCAUUCCAAAAAUCCAAGGACACCAACUUUAGGGGAAAGGACUUACUCAUUAAAAAUUUUGGGCAGAACUAGAAAGCAGAUAUCUAGCAGAUAUUAGCUUUGGAUCAAUAGGUCACACUCAUAUAAUACAAUAAAUUCCAAAUAGAUAUAUGGCUCAGAUGGAGAUACCUUUUAUAACUGUGGGUAAAGGGAGUAGGAUUUUUUAAUCAAAUAAGGAAAUAGAGAUCAUCACAAAAUUUAACAGACAAUUUUGAUUACAUAAAAUUAAAAUUAUUGACAUCAUAAUUAGAAAACAAUAGUAAGCAGAGAGUCUUUGCAGCAAAUUUCUCAGAUAAAGAAUUGAUAUCCAGGAUAUAUAGAAAAUUGAUCAAAUAUAUUAGAAAAAGAGCCAUUCCUCAAUAGAUAGUCAUGGGAUACAGACUGACAUUUCUUUUAAAAAUCUAAACCAAAAAAAAUUUAAAUAAAAAUCUAAACAAUAACCAUGAUAAUUGUUCUACAUUCUAAAAAUAAAAAGUGUAAAUUAAAAUAGUUCUGAAGUUCCAUAUCACACACACACCAGAUUAGCAAGGAUGACAAAAACAUAAAAUGACAAUUUUUGGUAUCAGAGAAUAUACAUAUUAGUAUAUUGUUUGUGAAGUGGUCCAAUCAUUUUGGAAGUAAUUUGAAAAAAAAUAUCCCAAACUCACUAGACUUUGACCCUACAAUAUGACUACUAGAUAUAUAUAUAUACCCUUAAAGAGAUAAUAAAAUUAAGGGAAAGAAGCUAUCUCUACAAAAAUAUAGCAGCAUUUUUUUGGUUGUAGCAAAGAACUGGAAACAAAAUGAGCAUCCCACAACUAGGGAAUGGCAAAUUAUGACAUAUGAAUGUAAUGAAAUGUUAUUACACUGUAAGAAAUAGCAAAAGAAAUGGAUUCAAAAGAGAUUUAUAUGAACUGAUAGAGUGAAAUAGAACAAGGAGAACAAUGUAUUUAAUGAUUGUAAUGUUAUAGAGGGAAACAUCUUUGGGACACUUAAGCGCUCAGAUCAGUUCCAAUGACUAGUCACAAUUACACAAAACUGAUGUCCUUACUACACCCUUGAUGGAAAGUUGAUGUACAUUAGAUGCUGAAUGAGUCAUACCUUCAAACAUGUUUUAAAUGUAUGAAUUUGCUUAUUUAUUUGUUAUAGAGGGGGAUUUUUAAAUAGUGGAGAGAAUUGGGGGGUAGAAAGGUUGUCAUUGAGAUAUGAAAAAAGAAAAGAAUAUCAAUGAAUUAUUUUAAAAAUACACAGAAGAAAAUUGAGAUGUUCAGAAGGAAAUAGAUAAGCAAGGCAGUACUGGUACUAUUGCGUUGAGUUUAACAUAUGUUUAAAAAAGAGAAAUUAUAUAUAAUAGAGAUUUAAAGUUUCAUAUGCAA